AUGGGUUUAUCCCAGUCCUACGGCCCAGCCGACGACAAUGUAUCACACCAGACGCUCUCGAAGGCUGUCGACAUUGGCUGUACGUUCUGGGACACGGCCGUUGUAUACGGCACCGGCCACAAUGAGCAGCUUAUUGGUGACUUCUUCCGGAAGACUGGGAGCCGCGACAAGGUGUUCAUCGCGUCCAAGUGCGCCAUUGAGUGUAUAGGUGAAUCGGCUGGGCGUACCAUCACGAACAAGCCUGAGCACAUCGCCGCCUACAUUGAGGGUACCAAGGAGCGCCUUGGUUCAUACCCCGACCUCUAUUACCUCCACCGAAUCGACCCCGACACCCCCCUUGAGGAGUCGAUUCCUGCCCUGCAAGCACUCAAAACCGCCGGCAAGACCAAGUACAUUGGCCUGAGCGAGUGCAGCGCUGCAACCCUCCGCAAGGCUUGCGCCAUAGCCCACAUCGACGCCCUUCAGAUCGAGUACUCGCCCUUCUUUACUGGUCACGAGCAGAACGGCCUCAUUGACACCGCACGCGAACUUGGGGUCACCAUCAUUGCCUUUUCGCCACUGGGGAGGGGAAUUCUCAGCGGCAGGUUCCGCAGCCUCGAUGAACUGCCAGCAGAUGACUACCGCCACACCUGCCCUGUCUUCAGCAAGGAGAACCUUCCGGGGAAUCUGAAGCUUGUGGACGAGUUUGAGAAACUAGCUGCCAAGAAGGGUUGCACUUCGUCACAGCUUGCUCUUGCCUGGGUCAUUGCCCAGGGCGCGAUCCCCAUCCCCGGCACCAAGACCAGCGCGCGUCUUGUCGAGAACUUUGGUGCUGGUAACGUUACUCUUGGGGUCGACGAACUCAAGGCGCUCCGUGUGCUCAUCGAGGCCAACAAGCCUGUUGGCGACCGCUACUCUGCAGUAAACAUGGCUGCGGUGGGCAAGUGA